GGUUCUCCAGGGCACUUGGGCUUUGGGAGAAGCAGGUUCUGGUGAAGGAGGCUGGCAGGCAGCCUCCAGGUGCUCCAAACCUCUCCUUUGUUUUUGCAGGUGCACCCCUCCCAAUCCAGCCCCGGAAUGGCACUGCCUCCCAGCCCACUGGCUAUGGAGUAUGUCAAUGACUUUGACUUGAUGAAGUUUGAGGUAAAGCGGGAACCCUCUGAGGGACGAUCUGGCCCCCCAACAGCCUCACUGGGCUCCACACCCUACAGCUCAGUGCCUCCUUCACCCACCUUCAGUGAGCCAGGCAUGGUGGGGGCUACCGAGGGCCCCCGGCCAGGCCUGGAGGAGCUGUACUGGCUGGCCACGCUGCAGCAGCAGCUGGGAGCUGGGGAGGCACUGGGCCUGAGUCCUGAGGAGGCUGUGGAGCUGCUGCAGGGUCAGGGUCCAGUCCCUAUCGAGGGGCCCCACAGCUACUACCCAGGGAGCCCGGAGGAGACAGGAGCGCAGCAUGCCCAGCUGGCCGAGCGGUUUUCGGACGCGGCGCUGGUGUCGAUGUCUGUGCGGGAGCUCAACCGGCAGCUGCGGGGAUGCGGGCGCGACGAGGCGCUGCGGCUGAAGCAGAGGCGCCGCACGCUGAAGAACCGCGGUUACGCGCAGGCCUGUCGCUCCAAGCGGCUGCAGCAGCGGCGCGGGCUAGAGGCCGAGCGCGCCCGCCUGGCCGCCCAGCUGGACGCGCUGCGGGCCGAGGUGGCCCGUCUGGCCAGGGAGCGCGACCUCUACAAGGCUCGCUGUGACCGGCUGACCUCGAGCGGCCCCGGGGCCGGGGACCACACCCACUUCUUCCUCUGA